UUGAAUUUAGUGGAUGUACCAAGAAACUUUCGUCUUCUCGAAGAAUUGGAAGACGGCCAGAAAGGGAAAGGUGAUGGAAACAUCUCUUGGGGACUCGAAGAUGACACGGAUAUGACACUCACGAGAUGGACGGGUACCAUUAUUGGACCUCCUAGGACUCCAUAUGAGUCGCGAAUCUAUAAUUUGCACGUGGAAUGUGGUCCUAAUUAUCCAAAAGAACCUCCUAGCGUUAGAUUCACCACGAAAAUUCAUAUGAAUGGAGUGAACCAAACAACUGGUGUUAUCGACAAGAGAAAUUUGAGUACACUGCGUUCUUGGAAUGGAAGUUUCAUGAUAAAAUCCGUGUUGGAGGAUAUUCGAAAGAACAUGAUGUGCGCAAAGGAGAAUAUGAAGCUUCCUCAGCCUGCUGAAGGAGCAACUUUCUAG